UGGCAGUGCAGUUGUUAAUAUAACAGGUGCAAAAUGAUUAGAAGUUGAAUUCUUUAUGAGUAGUUUUUAGAAGUGUAUUGAAGUAAUGUUUUUAUGAAGUAAUGUUUAUUUGCAUUUAAGAAAAAACAACUAAUUAUUGAACAAUAUUAAUUUUGCGUUUCGUUGCUAAUAAAGCUGCGUUGCAAAAUUAAUUAUUUCAAUAAAUAAUAUAAGUAAAUAACAUGAUAGAAAAAAAUGAAGAAAAUACCGACAAUGACAGUCAUCUUGUCAGAAUAAGAUUAAUAACUGAUAAAAGAACUUUUUUAGAAAAACAAUUUCUUCAGGUUCAAGAAGAAAUUAAAAUAUGUUUUGCUCAGUUAGCACAAACAUUAUAUGCUAGAGAGAAACAACUUUUAAGGCAAUCAGAAGCAAUUUAUAGACAGCAAAUAUCUUUAGCAUUAUCCAGUCAGGAAAUUCUCCCUCCCUCUAUAGCCAUAUUAAAUGAAAAAAAUGCUUUGGAAGAACAAAUAAAACAAUUUGGAAGAAUAGAGCUCAUAGGAUCUAAUUCAACAGCAGUCACUGAUUUGGAACCAUAUAAAAUUGAAGAAUAUCAAGACAUAAAUAAAGAUCAUGUUUAUUUUGAUAAGUCUAUUAAAAAUACAGGAAUUAUUCCUUUUAGUACAAAAACUAAAUUUUCUAGUACGAUAAAAGAUGAAAACAUAGAUGAUAUUUCUACUGAAUUAGAGUUGUCUAAUACAAUAAAUCUAAUGGAAAAAUCUAAUCUUAUUCCUACAUUUCAAAAAAAUGAUUCUGAAAAAAAAGUUGAUCAUAUUUCAAAGAUGAAUACAGAAUUACAAGAAAAUAAUUAUAAUCUUCAAAUUACCAAUGUAAAUGAACAAGAAAAUGCAAAAAAUUAUAAGAAUUCAAGAAAGAAUAUCAUAGAAGAACAACAUAAUUCUCAUGGACAAGUUCAACAGUGGUUAGACCAAAUACUUCUAGAAACAGAAAUAGAACCAACUAUUCAUGAAGUAGAAAAAUUACCUGAUAUAUCAGAACAUUAUGUUUAUACUAAAUUUCAUUUAGAAACAUGAAAAUUAUAUUUAAUUCCAACUUGCUCAGCCCACCAUUUUUACAAUAUUUAUUUUUAAUUUUUGAUAAGAUAGGAAAUCUCAAUUUGGGAACAAUUUUUUACUAUAAUUAAGUCAUUUGUAUUUAACUUUAUUUAUUUAUACAUAAUAAUAAUAAUUAGUUACAAAAUAUUUUUUUUAAUAAAUCAGUAAUAAUAUCAAUAAA